AUGAGAUACAACAAAUCUACAGGUUUGAAUAUAGACGUCAAGCUUAAGAAAGUAGUCUAUAACAAUGACAUUAUUGACAAGAUUAUAGAAGAAAGGCGCAUACAGUUAAUGAAACAGAUUUCACCAAAAAAUGUAGAUCCCAUUUAUUCUGAAAUAAUUUAUAACAGAUCAGCAGAGUACAAUAGAGUUAAUGACAUGCUUAAGCAAUCUGAAGAUAGAGUUAGAUUCUUACAAGAUUUAGAAAACAACAAGAAAUAUAGAUCUAUUAAAAAAACAACAAGUGUUAGCAAAGCAUUAGUUACUGGGAUUGCUCUCACAACAAUGGCACCAAAUGAUACUUAUGGAUGUGACCAGAUGCUUUAUUUAAAAAGCAAUGGUCGGAUAUGUUAUAGUGACAAAUGCUAUGAUUUAUCAACAUAUUCCUUAUCUCUUGCUGAUGGAGAAACUGCCUGCUUUAAUGACUUAAACAAUGAAAAGUUGUCUAUCAAACUUGACUCUAUUUACAACAUUGCAAGAUUUAGUUCACUAUAUGACACUAGCUCAUAUGAUAUAAUUAAUGAAAUGCAUUGGAAUUGCUUAGGUUCAGGGAAAUGCUGGUGGGGAGAAGAAUGUGGAAAUGGGUACAAGCUUAAUAUAUUAGAGAGAAAUACAAAAGAGCCACAUGGAUAUGGAUGCCAUAUGACAUCAGUAAGUUGUGUUGGAUCAAUGUGUACUCAUGGCACAUCUUGUGUAUGGUAUAGGUGGCAAAUAAACCCUAAAGGUCCUAAAAUACCUGUUUAUUCUUUGGUUUCUGAGAUAUGGGAAGUAAGUAUUACCAUUAGGUACAAAGAUGUGGUCCGCCAUAUUGUAUUGAACACUAACAAUCCAAAAUAUGAUAUGAAUAAUAUAUUGAGUGAAAUUAUGGAUCAUAUGCCAUUCUACAUAUCAGGAGUGUCAUAUGAGAAGCAACACUUAAGGGAAUCACUUAUAUCUAUAAAUGGUACAUAUUUCAAUGUUGAUUCAUCACCACAUAACAUGCCACAAAGAGGUAUGAUAGGAGACAUACAAAUUGAUAAACAUAAUGAUAAGAUAUUAUACUAUGAUAAUAACUUGGAUUGCAGUGUCGAUUCUUGUAAGGUUAAAUGUAUCACUAAUGAGCCUGCAAUAAAUAGACUAACUGAUAGUAGCCCAUACAAAGUUGAUUCAAGUAAUAUACAACAUUUACAAAUGUAUAAUAAAGGUUGGAUAAAUUAUAAAUACCGAUCAAGUGGUCAUGGGACAAUUUCAUUUGGAAAUGUUGAGCUUAAAGAAUUGAUUGUGGAAAAGCCUCAUUGUGAAAUUAGUGUUGGAAUAUCGUAUGCAUGUGAAGCGUGCCUUGAGCAACCUAGAGCUACUCUAGUAUCAAAAAAUCUUAAAAAUGAAGGCAUGAUGGAAUUCGAAUCUAAUUGCACUUGGGAUAGAUCAUCAGUAUCAUGUAAUAAUGAAAUGUAUGAUAUAGUGCAAGUAAGCAAGAAUAAGUAUUGCAACAUUUAUAUACCUUUGAUAAAUCAAAGUAUAGACAUAACAUUUGAAUAUGAGUAUCGUGGUUUAUUAACAGAUAUGAAAACAAUACGAGCAGAGACAUCCACAGAUAUAAUUAAUGAGUUGAUGGGAAAUCAAUCCUUCAUUACAACAUUGCUCACAUCAUUAAGUGGAUUCAUGCUAUUUACUGGAAUAGCUACUGUAGGUAUUAAAGUACUUAGAUUAGGUGUGUUAGCAAUUGGCAAAAAGGAAGUCCAAAAUGCA